AUGUUAGCUGUUGGGCAGAUGGAUACUAAUCGGCAGAGUGCUUUCGUCCUAGGCAGUACACCGCUGGCAGCAUUGCACAACAUGACCGAAAUGAAGACAUCUUUAUUCCCAUACACUUUACAGAAUCCCACGGGAUUCAAGGCACCUUCUCUCACCAAUUUGAACUCACAGAUUCCUUUGGGAACCCCACAUGGAAUAAGUGAUAUCCUGGGGAGACCCAUAACCACGGCUGGACAACUUCUCUCGGGCUUCCCCAGGAUAAAUGGAUUGGCCACCUCCGCAGGAAUGUACUUUAACCCCGCGGCUGUAUCUCGGUAUCCGAAGCCUCUGACAGAACUCCCGGGGAGGGCGCCUAUAUUCUGGCCGGGAGUCAUGCAGAGCUCCCCAUGGAGGGAUCCACGCGUCCCUUGUCCGGCCCAAACUAACAUGAUGCUGGACAAGGAUGGCAAAAAGAAACAUUCCAGACCGACUUUUUCAGGACAGCAAAUUUUUGCUUUGGAGAAAACAUUUGAGCAAACAAAAUAUCUGGCCGGACCUGAGAGAGCGCGUCUCGCAUACUCUUUGGGAAUGACAGAGAGUCAAGUCAAGGUAUGGUUUCAAAACAGAAGGACCAAAUGGCGGAAGAGACAUGCUGCGGAAAUGGCAACAGCUAAAAAGAAACACGAUUCAGAGACGGAGAAGAUGAAGGAGAGCUCGGACAAUGAGGACGAUGAUGAAUACAACAAACCACUGGACCCGAACUCAGACGACGAAAAAAUCACAAGAUUACUCAAAAAGCACAAGGCAUCUAAUCUUUCCCUGAUAAGCCCUUGCAACAACAGCUCGGACACUUUGUGA